GAGGGUUGUGAGCAGAGACUCUUCAAGAAGAUGGAGAUAUAUGCCUUGCCAUGAUUAGCUGUGACCGCUCCUCCCCAUCCCACUCGCCCCCCUCGACCCUAAUAACUGGUUUGGGGGAUUGUGUCGGCCCAGGUAUCAUACCCUGAAUGCGAUCCGCGAAGGAAUUAACCGGAUCACCGCCACUGCCCCCAUCUUGGCAUAUCUCUCCUUUCUCUCGUUCCCACGUCCCCCCUUCCAGCGUAAUGUCUUCGUUCCGUACUCGCAAGAAGACAAUCAGCGCCUGGGGCCACACAUAUGUACCAACCCCCCUCCACCCGACCGCCCAAGUCCUGGCCGCUCACCAGAAGUCCUGGGACACUCUCGCAGACGAAGCGCUAGACCUCCUAACCCCCCUCCGGGCCCCUUCCCCUCCCACCUCUCCUACAUCCCCCCCAAAGGACCUCUAUACAACCCUCAAGGAACACCGCAACACCCACUCCGUCUUAUCGCGCUUGUGGCAGCAGGUAGACACAGUGCCAGAAUGGGUUGAUUGGGAGCAAAUAUCCCGCGGGCAGGACGUCUUCUACAGAUACUCUGGCGCAAUGCUGGCGGGGCUUUGCUAUAUGAGCCUGUUAGGCGGCAUGGGCGCCUCCCGGAUCGCAGAGGUACUAUACAGGACGGGAGGAUUCUCGGCGGGUGUUGCUAGGAGGAGGAUGUUUGAGACCAUGCAGUAAUCUUCCAUUACUUCCAACUCCCCCUUCCCGGCUGCUGAUUGUGGGAAAGGCAUAUACUCCAAUGCACCCAAUCUCUGGACUCAAUAAAGCCCGGUGGCGCAGGCCAGAUUUCUAGUGUGAAAGUCAGACUCUUGCACGCUGCCGUGCGGAAGCGGAUCUUGGAGAUUGAGAGGAGGAAUCCCGGCUACUACUCUGUUAAAGAGUUUGGGGUUCCCGUCAAUGAUUUGGACUCAAUUGGAACGGUGGCGAGUUUUAGUUCGAAUCUUGUUUGGGGGGCAUUGCCGAAGCAGGGGUUGUUUUUGAGUUCUAGGGAGUAUGUGCUUUUUCACCUUAGGUGAAGGUAAGAGUGAGCGCUGAUGGGGAAUAGGACCGAGGAUUAUAUCGCACUCUGGAGAUUGGUAGCGCACUAUGUUGGGUGUCCGACGCAGUAAGCCCACUCCCACGUCUCCCCUCCCCCCCUCCCACCACUAACGCCUCCAGCCCCUUCUCCACCCCCGCCCUGGCAAGGGCCUACUACGACACACUCGUCACAACCCAAAUCUCCCCAACGCCCACCUCGGCCACCCUUGCAAGCAACAUCCUCACCGCCAUGACCUGCCAACCCCCCACGUACCCAACCUAUGACUACCUCGUCGCAUCAGUCCACUGGGUUUGCCCCCCCGCCCUCUGCGACGCCCUGGGCCUCCCUCCCGCACAGUUCUCCUCAAAGAUACUAGUCUCGGCGCGGUGCAUAUUCAACUGCUGCCUCGGAUACACCGCACGAUUCGUCCCCUGGUUCGACAAGUGGCAUGGAACCGCUGCGCGGAGAAUGAUGUGGAAAGCAAUAGUUCUCGGGGAGACCGGACUGGGCGGUGAGACAGGGUUCGAGUUCUCCUACUUGCCGAGGCUGGGGAGGGGGACGAAGGCGGGGAAGGUUGUGGAUACCGGGGUGAAGGGCGUCAGAGAGAGGAAGGGUGUCAAGGUUCUGGGUAUAUUCCUGCUCGUGGUAGGGGUUUUGGGCGUGGCCUUGGGGUGGUGUUUAGUGUGGGUUGCCUGGGCACUUUGGGCGGUGGGGGCCAGGGGGCGUUGCGCGAGUGAGAUUUUGUGAUUGGACGCGGUGCGUUUCUCUCCUCUUAUAUCGUACGUGCUUUGCAAAUGGAUUGGCCAUACCCCCGGGGGUGGUCGCUUUGCAAGUACUCUCCCUUUUCUUCUCUUUUCUCUUCUUUCUUUCUUUCAAUCUGUUUUUAGCCUGGAGCUUGGAAUGGCAAUUUCGAUCUGUUUGCCGGAUACUCCCUUCUCUGGUAUCGGCUGGCGGGGAAUCAUAACUUCAACCGGACUCGAGAUUCCCUUGUCUACGACCGUGGAUGGGAUUCGCGUCUAUUUCUUACCGCCCGAACCCCAAUUUUUCCUCCUAUCCCCCCCACAAAAAAAAGUCGAGCUCAAAGAGGAGAAAUAGCGGGCAAGGGGUCAUCAACCGCCAACCCUACAUGGAACUCAACUCUCCUCCGUACCGGUGUGACGUGAGAAAGGUUUCAGGGGUUUUCUGGUCAUGUUUUCUGGGGUUUUACCCAUAGAAUUUUCUGUUUGGGAUGAGGCUUAGCAGGUGGAUGUUUUUCACCUGGAGGCAUGGCCUUGCCUUCCUUAGAGAGAGAGAGGAGGAACAACACAGCGAGGACCCAUCCUGUACAGCCAACUCCACCACCUUCUUUACUGUUGUUUCUGGGUGUUGUUUUUCCCCACUCUUUUCUCUUGCUUUCUCACUGUGUUUUACUGUCAACUUUAUCAGCAUAAUUCUACACUCUUAUCCGAUUGAAUAUCACGUCGUACGGCCA